AUGGAGGGGCCCAAUUUCACCAAUCCGAUGUAUCCAUCGCUCCCUUUAAGACUGGGAUAUAUGAACCAUGCAAAUGCAGAUCUUACUCUGGAUGACAACCCUGCGCUGAUUUGGGAUUUGUACGGCCACGGUUACUAUCCGUUGCCUGACUACGACCAACCCAUGAAGAGACAAAGGCAGUAUAGUCGCGACAGCAGUCGCAGCAGCAAACGCAGCAGCAAUCAUGAGUCCAUAAUCAGCAUUCUGGACAGUGAUACUGAUGGUAAAAGUCGUCACGAGUCAGGGAUCGAGUCAGGGAGCUCCUCGCGCCCAUCGACCAUUGCCACCACAUCGACCUCGUCACGCUCCAAUACGCACUCUGAAGCAGUUUACAUUGACCUCACCCUGGAGGAUGAGCUAUUGUGGCAGAUUACAGACAUCUUUCCGGGCAUCAGUCACCAGCAUGUGGAAGAGCUGAUCGAACGUCAUAAAAGGCCCCAAGCGCACCAACCUGCGCUGCCCCUGAAUGCAUUGAAGGAAAGCGUUAUUGAAGAUAUCUUACAGCAUCCUAACUACCCCAUGCAAGAAAAGGCCAAGAAACGUAAGAUUGAGGAGACGGAGGAGGAAGCUACGAUACGGUAUCUGCGAAAUAUCCCACAACGUGGUAGCCGUGCAUACCUCCAGCUAGCAACCGGACUGCUAGCUCAAGAAUUUGAAUGGAUGCCGCUAAAGCAUAUUCGGGAUGUUCUGACCGACAAAAAAGAGCUAUUUUCAGCGUAUCUCACUCUGCAUUCUCAGGAGAAUGAACAGACGGGAAAGUACACAAAGUUGAAAAGCAAAAGGGUCUCGAUAGCAGCAAACCUACCACAAGGCGACGAGGAGGUAUCUAUCGCUGAGAACCUGGCUCGAGAACUAGGUGCCGCCAAGAAGAAAGCUGAAAAAGAAGACCAUGUACUUCGCAAGAAGAAGGAGGAGCAAGAGGCUGAGAUCAGAAAUGAAGAAGAACACAGCCGAGCUGAAAACCUCAUCGAAUGCCAGUGUUGCUACCUCGAUGUUCCAGCGAACCGAUCGCUCCCUUGCGAGGGGGAGAGCGUCCAUCUCUUCUGCUUUACAUGCAUUCGAAAAUCUGCAGAGACCCAGGUUGGGCUUAUGAAAUAUCAAGUUCAAUGUGUCGACACUAGUGGCUGUCAGGCAAAGUUUUCUCGUGCGCGGCUCCAAGAAGCCCUCGGAGAGAGUUUGAUGGAAAAGCUCGACAACCUUCAGCAGCAGGAUGAGAUCCAGCAAGCUGGAUUGAUAGGCCUUGAAGCUUGUCCAUUCUGUGAAUAUAAAGCCAUCUAUCCUCCCGUGGAAGAGGACCGCGAGUUCGUAUGCAAAAACCCCGACUGCGAAAUGGUCAGUUGCCGUCUCUGCCAGCAAGAAAGCCAUAUUCCCCGCACUUGCGCAGAGGCCAAAAAAGAGAAGGGUCUUCCCGAACGCCACUUGGUUGAAGAGGCAAUGAGCAAGGCUCUGAUCCGCCCUUGCCCCAAAUGCAACGUGAAGAUUGUCAAGGAGUCGGGCUGCAACAAAAUGAUAUGCUCCAAGUGCCGUACUUCAAUGUGCUACAUUUGCAAGAAAGAUAUUACCCGAGAGAAGUACGACCAUUUUGGGCGUCCUCCGACCUACUGUCCUAACACCGAUGACCCAAGAUUAUCGUUAGAAGAGGUCGAGAAGGCCCAAAAAGACACUAUCGAUGUUAUAUUGGCACAAAAUCCCAAUUUGACUGCGGAGGAGCUGCGAAUUCCUGACGCAGAAGCAGCACAGUCGGCCACGAAUAUGCCAGGCGUCAUUCCAGGUUAUGGUAAUGGAUUCAUACACCGAUACGGGCAAGCGCCAGUCCACCAUAAUUACGUGGGGUAUCCAAGACCAGGGAUGCCAGUUGGAAGAGCCAACCCCCCAGCUGUUGUUCAAUUUGAUGCACCCGUAGGCAUUGGAAAUGGCUGGGGUGGACAAGACUGGCCUCGGAACCCAGUAGGACAACCUAGGAACCCACCAGGAGGUCCUGUGCCCGCAAACGUUCCUGUGUACGGAGGCUUCGUAAACAGGGGCGUGAACUAUCAAGGCAAUCCUGGCCAAAAUCAGACAAAAAGGGCAGAUACCCGCCCCCCAUGGCGGUACUAG